AUGCCUCAGCCGUCUUGGGGUCUUGGUGGCCCCGAGGCACCAGCUUCGCCGCGGACGAUGCGCACGCUGCGCAAGAUCCAAUCUCACCAGGUCCUGACAACAUCUAGUGCCCUCAUCGCCCAGACUCAACCCUCUCACCUCUCAGCGUCUCGGUCCAAUGAUACUGGAUCAUCUGCAAUACAAUCUGGCUCCACGACACGUACUCCAGCCCGAAGGCCGCGAUCAAAUAGUGACGCGGCUGCUCGUGAUGCAUCAUUGGGAGCGCCAGUCCCGAUACAAAGGCGCCCUGCUCGAAAAACAGGAUCGGGUGUGGGAAUCAAGAGGUCUCUUUUGGAGAAUCUUGUGCGUGAUGGGCCACAGAAUGGGAAUACAAAGGAAGCAUUACAGGAGCUGAAAUACCUUGUCCUGUCAACCGGAGUGGACGCGGAUGGAGAUGGCAUGUCCCCGUAUCGAGUCUAUCUCUGGCUUAUCCUCCUGAAUGUUGCGCCUGUCCCGACCGACGAUUACCUUGCCCUUGUCCACCGAGGCGGCUCACCCGCGUACGCGAAGAUUCGCAAUGAUACUUUCCGCACCCUGGCAACCGAUCCCCUCUUCAAGCGCCGUGUAACCGAAGCAAGUCUCAUCCGGUUACUCAAUGCUGUGGCAUGGAAGAUCCAUGACUCCAAAGCCAAGCCUCGAUCCCGGCCUUCCUCGUCCAGGCGUCUCGAAAUGGAGAUGCUGGUGAACACACCACCCAGCAUUAAAGAAGAACCAGAAUUGGAGGAUCGCGGCUCAGGUCCCAUCACAACUGUCAAUGAUUCGGCGAUUUAUGUGCAAGGCAUGAACGUUCUUUGCGCACCUUUCUUGUAUGCCGCUCGCAGUGAGGUGGAGGCAUUCGCGCUCUUCCACUACUUUGUCACCAAGGAGUGCCCGGGCUAUAUCCGAGGCGCCAUGGACGGAGUGCACAGAGGUCUUCGCCUAGUUGAUCGAUGCUUGGAGAUCGUGGAGCCCAAGCUUGCAGCUUACCUCUUCUCCAAGGGGAUGUAUGCUGAACUCUACGCUUUCCCAUCGGUAUUGACCUUAUGUGCCUGCACACCACCGCUGCCGGAAGUUUUGCAUUUGUGGGACUUUCUCUUUGCAUAUGGCCCGCAUCUCAAUAUCUUAUGCAUUGUCGCUCAAUUAAUUCGCAUGCGGGACACCCUCCUUGAGAGUCCGAGUCCCAACAAAAUUCUUCGGUCUCUGCCUCCCCUCGAUGCCAAAGGUAUCAUUGCUCUGACGGUUCUUCUGGUGCAGAGAAUCCCUGAUGAUCUCUAUGCGGAGAUGGUCAAUCAUGCAAAGUGA